AUGGCCGAGCUAGCUUUGGGUAUUGCUGGCGUUGCUGGCACAGUCGACGUCUGUAUCAAGUUCGGGAAAUAUCUCGUCAAGGCCUGUAAGGACUAUGGCCAAGUUGAUGAGUUAGCCCACGAGCUAUCAGUAAGAAUUCAGAUUUGCUGGUUUCGAAUCGCCAGCCAGCUAGAAAUCGUCAAAGAACUAGAGGGUAGCAUGACUGAGGAUCAGCGAGAGCUUCAGUCGCACAUAUUACGCAUCUUGCAGUCGAAGCUUGAAGCUGCGACAAUUGUCAUCUCCAAGCCCGAUAGGCACAGUAGCUCGAGAAGAUACAGGGCUCUGCAUUUCCUUAGUCUACGAGAAACCCUUGAAAGCACUGUUACCGAUCUUGAGUCUUGGCAAAUGCGAUUUGAGCCGUCCUGGUUCCAAAUCAUAAAAACCGGCCCAACAUAUACUGAAAACGUGUUGACAAGCGCUACUCUGACCAACACACGACACAGAGGGGAUCCGGCUCGCGAGGGCUUGAAGUUCCGCGAAGCCUUCAACAACAGCGAGACUGUAAAGCUAGCAGAAAAGGUUCUCGAGAACCUUGAGAUGCAAGUAAUCCCGUAUUGCGAGACCGAGCUCGCAGUCAAGCAGAAGGAGAAUAAAUACUUCAUCAUUGAUACGGUCUCUCGGGAUACGGUGGCAUUGAGAGAUGCUCGAGAGCUUGCAUCACGUCUCCGAAACUCGAACCCUUCAACGUUCGGGACCCUGAAAUGCAAAGGAGUUGUUCAACUUACGAGAGAGCCGUCCUUAAAGUUCGUCUUUGGCGUCCCCGACGGGUAUUCAAGGGUUCACAGCUGCAGGGACCUUCUCCUCUCUGGUCCUGCCAACUCACUCACCACCAGACUCAACAUCGCCAGGCAGCUUGUGACAGCAGUUUAUUACGUUCAUUUAUACGAAUUUGUUCAUAAGAACAUUUCGCCGGAGACUAUACUCACCCUAGAGUCUCCAAACGCAGAGCAUGCGCAAAUGCUCGUGUGUCUCGUUGGAUUUCAGUUUUUCAGGUAUGCUGACGCCCCGACAAACACUUCCAAGGCCAAGAAUAGGAGUCUGGUGUAUCAGCAUCCUACACGCACCGGGGGUAAGAGUGUGAAAUUUGUCAUGCAACACGACAUAUACAGCCUUGGUGUUUGUCUCUUGGAAAUUGGCCUCUGGCGCUCGCUUGUGGAAAUUCACGGUGCCACUACCAGAUUAUCAUCGGUGGUUACUAGUACCGUAGACUUUCAGUCGGAACUAGAUCCCCAAGCUAUCAAAGAGAAGCUGAUACUCCUCAGUCGUACCGAACUGAGAAUGUGCAUGGGCGAUAUAUAUAGUACGGUGGUUGAGACGUGCUUGACAUGUCUGGACGAGGGUAAUAUAGGUUUCGGUGACCCCCAAGACUUUGAUAAUCGGGGAGGAGUCGAAAUUGGGUCACUGUAUGUCGAAAGGAUCAUGAAUCCAAUGGGCGCGCUUUGUUUUUGA